AUGACUGAAAUGACUGAUCCCACAGGCGCUGGAGCACCAGUGUACACCUCCUGGAAGAAGCAUGAGUCAGUCGGCAUUGAUCUUUCAGAUGUUCCUAGGGCUGCGUCAACUCACGAUAUAUAUGAUGCCCUAAAAAAGGAGGGCACUAUCGUGAAAAUCGACCUGUACGAGACCUCUGAUGGCCGCGCAACUACCAGAGGCUUUGUGCGCUUCAGCCCUCCCCCUGAGCGUGAUUUCUGGACCAAUGGCUGCUACCAAGUGCCCCUCCGCAAUGGCCCUGUGGUGCCAAUUAAACUGGGCCUGAAUCAUUUCUCCGAUGGCGAGACUGUUCCCAGCCCAGUUCGCUCAAAGGUUCAUAUCCCUGCCAGGAAGGAGCUAAUGACCACUAAAGUUGGCAUUGGUAUACUCGUCGAUGCCGUGGCUGUCCAUACCAUGCACAUCUUUGAUCAGUCUUCUGGGCCUAGGUUUGUCAUUGAUGUGUUGCGCAGGUGUCUUUAUGUAUACUUCAAAGUAAGCAUCCGCUCAAAGGCUGGCGACAUGUCUCUGCAUGACUAUCGACUCAGAUUCACCUUCCUCCAGCUGUCUCAAAUCUUCGAGCAGUAUGACACCACUACAGAGCAGACAUCUUUUCUGAUAAUCCUGGACUCUUCGCCUAUCCUUCAUCGAAGACUGAAGAAUAUCUCAUCCUCGUUUACCGGGAUGAGGUACUGGAGAGAGGAGGAUGCCUGGUAUCGUCAGACAGCUAUGCGUCGCAAUCCACAUGUCAUCGAUACAUCCUGCAACAACCUGAAGAAGUCGGGACAUAUCAUUGAUGCAGCGCGAUGGAACGUGUUCAAGAUAACGUUCGCAUCUGAACUCAAACAAGACGGCGAAGCCUUGAAGCUCACUCGAGCGAUGUUCAAAGACUACAAUAUCUCCAUCGAGGAUGGGAACCGCUUUACCGAGAGAAAAGCCCGGCCAAUCCCGGUGUGGCACUGGAUCGAUCACGUCGGGCCUCAGUCGAGCAAGGCUUCCUUGUUCCUGCUACAGGGCAUGGGGAAUGACAACUACGUGCACCUUCACAUGCAUGUUCGGUACCAGCUCGAAGUCUGCAUAUCUCAUGGAUAUUUGUCUGAGUUCACAAUGACUCGCGAGUUUGUUGAGAAGUUGAGUAACAUGAAACCAGCCGAAGGCCAGAGACUGCUGGAGUACGUGGCAACACAGAAAAAGAAAUACUUUGAUCCAAUGGAAAUAUUCGAUUUGAAGCCCUCGAAAGGUACAACUGACACCAAAAUCCCGGAUUAUUGUUGCUUCAUGCGAACUGCACGAGUCACUCCAACUACCAUCUACUACAACACCCCCUCCGUGGAUGCCUCCAACCGCAUCGUACGCAAAUACUCGGAGGUGGCUGACCAUUUCCUUCGUGUGCGGUUCACGGACGAGAAAACAGAAGGUCGCAUUAACUCCUCUAUGAGUGAUAAUAACAACGAGGUAUUCACCAAUGUUAAGCGGACACUGUCAAACGGCAUCACUAUUGGAGACCGACACUAUGAGUUUCUUGCGUUUGGCAACUCUCAGUUUCGAGAACAUGGCGCUUAUUUCUUUGCCACAGGCGGGCCCAUGACCGCAGCUUCAAUCAGAGCCUGGAUGGGUCAAUUCAAUCACAUUCGAAAUGUGGCCAAGUAUGCGGCGAGACUGGGACAGUGUUUCUCGACUACUCGUGCCUUUUCCAGCACUAAUGUCGUUGUUUCUCGGUGUGAGGAUAUUGUUCGCAACGGCUUUACUUUCUCAGAUGGCGUUGGAAAGAUAUCGAAGUUUCUUGCGCAAAUGGCCAAAAAUGAACUUGAUAUCAAGACACCAACUCGAAACCUUCCAUCGGCCUUCCAGUUUCGCCUCGGAGGUUCCAAGGGAAUGCUUGUAGUUUCACCUGAUCCUCACCCUCGAGAAGUGCAUAUCCGCCCCAGUCAAUACAAGUUCAACACCGAGUCCAGCGGAUUGGAGAUAAUUCGUUGGUCUCAAUUUUCGUUUGCAACUCUGAACCGCCAGAUCAUCAUCGUUCUCUCUGCUUUAGGAAUCCCAGACAGGGCUUUUCUGAAGAAGCUGGACUAUAUGCUGAGCAGCUUUAAUGAUGCCAUGACGGACGAUCAGAAGGCCAUUGAACUGCUGCAAAAGUGGAUUGACCCAAAUCAAAUGACCCUCACAAUCGCCCAGAUGAUUAGAGAUGGUUUCAGACGUGCUGACGAGCCAUAUGUGUGCACUGUCCUUGAGCUAUGGCGAGCUUGGCAUUUGAAGUAUCUGAAGGAGAAGGCUAAAAUCACUGUCGAGCAAGGCGCUAACCUACUAGGCUGUCUGGAUGAGGUCGGUGUCCUGAAAGGCCAUUUCGAAGAUCAAAUACCAAAAGAAGACGCGCCACGGAGAGAGAAACUGGCUGCUCUGCCUGAAAUUUUUGUACAGAUCUGCCGCUGUGAAAAACAGGAUGACAAACAUGCUAAGUACGAAGUCAUCGAAGGUGUCUGCAUCUUGGCUCGUAAUCCCUCUCUCCACCCUGGCGAUAUCCGUGUGGUCCGAGCAGUGAAUCGACCUGAGCUGCACGACUAUCGUGAUGUAGUCGUGCUUCCUCAAACCGGCGAUCGAGACGUUGCAAGCAUGUGCUCAGGGGGUGAUCUUGAUGGCGACGACUACCUCGUCAUUUGGGAUCCGGAUUUGAUUCCAACUCAUUGGUUCACGAAGCCCAUGAAUUACACUAGCAGAAAAGUCCCAGAUCUUCUUCACGAUGUGACAGUUGAUGAGAUCACUUCCUUCUUUGUCGUGUACAUGAAGAAUGACUGCCUGCCAACCAUCGCACAUGCUCAUUUAGCCUUGGCUGAUUGGCUUCCGAGGGGCGUCAUGGAGAAGAAGUGCCUACGUCUGGCUCAACUCCAUUCUGACGCUGUUGAUUUUAACAAGACUGGCGCUGUUGCAGUCAUGACGAAAGAUUUGAGGCCCACAAAAUGGCCUCAUUUCAUGGAGAAGAGACAUGUUCCACCAUCACGGACUUACAGGUCCAACAAGAUCCUUGGCCAGCUGUACGACGCAGUAAAGAUCCCUGCCUUUCUUCCCAAUCUGAAAAAGCCCUUUGAUCUUCGGGUCUUGACUUCGCCGCUCCUCGAAGCCAGUGAGAAAUACAUGGUCUAUGCGAAAGAGCUCAAAGAGGAAUAUGAUAUGGCCGUACGACAAAUCAUGGCCCAAUAUGAGAUUGAAACCGAGUUCGAGAUCGUUUCCGGCUUUACUCUUCGUCACUGCUUCCCGGGCAAGGAUUACAAGAUGCAGGAAGACAUGGGCCGGAUCUCAUCAACACUCCGGGGAGGAUUCCGCCAUCAGUGCUACAACAAAGUCGGGAAAACCGGUGAUAAUAUUGCUGCCUUGGUACUCGCCAUGUACCGUGUGACCCAUGAAGAGAUGACUGUAGCACUCAAGGCUCAACAGCAGGAAGAAACGUUGAGAGAAGACCUCUCAAAUGUCAAUGUGCCCAGAACCAAGCUUCCACUGAUCAGUUUUCCUUGGAUUUUCUCCGAAGUCCUUGGCAAGCUUGCAACGAACAAAGCCAGGGAGCACGCAGGGCCAGGAGAAGCCACUGCCGCUGUUCUUUCCGGUGAACCUCGGGGCAGCUUAUUCUUCACUUACAAGCAGGCUCAGAGAUCUACCCAGCCUGUUAAUGGCCAGAAAGAUCUAGAAAUGGUAGAGCCUCCCGAGCUUACCGCAUCUGCGCGACCCCCAAGUCCGUCGGGUUAUUGGGAAUCACUAGAUGAUGUUCCUAGCGAAGAAGGGGGCAUCUCUAAAGAUCUCAAUGCAGAGCCACCUUUCAAUGAGACCAUCAUGCGCAGUUUAAGAGAAUGCCGUCUUGCAUGCGAAAAUGAGACCAGCGGACGUGAAUCCAAGUGUUCAGUGCGACCUUGGUGUGAAAUGGUUGAGCGCCAUGGCGAGGUCUCGGAAAUAGGCGGUAAAAGCGACGAAGGGGUUUGCUCCAAGGAGCCCGUGAAGAUCGACAUGGUGGAAGAUGCUGAGAUGAAGGGUAACUUCAAGCCUAACCCGCUUGAUGAGCUGAUGAACAUGAUCGGCUAG